AUCGUGCUGCAGGAGUGCAGGGAAAAUAUUAGCACCAGUAUUUGUGUUUAGACGAGUCUAGACUCACUUUAAACACAAGCGCACUGAUCGGAAAGUCGUGUUUGUUUACGUAUCUCAUCUCGUACGUGGACGGAAUAAUAAAAUACUAAAUUGACGAAUACAUUUGAUUCUAAUUUAGUGUCCACCAUGCCUCCAAGCGGUCCUGGAUAUGCUACCCCUUUAGAUGCCAUGAAAAAUGGCCCUAGAGAAGAACUUCUCUAUGUAGUCUGCAUUCAACCAAAUCAAACGAAGGACAAAACGGACCUUUUAGCAACAGUAGACGUCAAUCCAUUAUCACCUAGUUACUGUCAGAUAAUCCAUAGACUUCCAACCCAAAGACCUAACGAUGAGCUUCAUCACAGUGGUUGGAAUGCUUGUUCAAGUUGUUAUGAUACUAAAGGCUGUUGCGAAGUUCCAGUUCGAGAUAAGUUGAUUUUGCCUGCUUUAAACUCCGACAGAAUUUAUAUAGUAGAUACUGGUAAAGAUCCACGAGCCCCAUCUAUGUACAAGGUGGUCGAAGCUGAAGAAAUGCAUCGUUACAACUGCUCGACUCCACAUACAGCUCACUGCCUGGCAAGUGGAGAAGUCAUGAUAUCUACAAUGGGAGACGUUGACGGAAAUGGGCAAAACGAAUUUAUCUUGUUAGAUGGAAAAACAUACGAAGUGAAGGGAACUUGGACGAAAAAUAAAAGGGGGGCUUUCAACUACGACUUUUGGUACCAACCAUACUUUGACGUAAUGGUGUCGUCGGAAUGGGGUGCUCCUAAAAUUUUCAAACGUGGAUUCGAUUCUUCAGAUCCUCUAGAUACUAAAAUUUAUGGCCGGUCGAUUAAUUUUUAUUCUUGGUCUAAACGGGAACUCAUCCAAAGCGUCGAUCUAGGAUUCGAAGGUGUAACUCCUUUGGAAAUAAGGUUUUUGCACGACCCUAAAGAACCUCAAGGGUUUGUAGGUUGUGCUCUAAACUCUAAUAUAUACAGAUUUUAUCUCAAAGAGGAUAAAACUUGGGCUGUCGAUAAAGUUGUAGAGAUACUUCCUAAAAAAGUUUCUGGGUGGGACGGGGAAUACAUCAACGGCAUGAUAACAGAUAUCUUGAUUUCGCUAGAUGACAAAUAUCUUUAUCUCAACAACUGGCUUCAUGGCGACGUUAGACAAUACGACAUAUCAGAUCGAGCUCAUCCAAAAUUAACUGGUCAGCUAUUUUUGGGAGGCAAAAUUUUGAAAGAUUCAGAUGUCAAGGUUUUGGAAGAUAAGGAAUUGAAAGAACAGCCGUCCCCUGUAUACAUUAAAGGAAGGCGCAUCUUGGGUGGACCUCAAAUGAUGCAGUUAUCUCUUGACGGAAAACGUCUAUAUAUAAGCUCAAGUUUAUUUUCUCCAUGGGAUCGCCAGUUUUAUCCAGAAACAAUAGAAAAUGGCUCUACAAUAGUAAAGAUUGAUGUCGGUACUGAAAAUGGAGGCCUAAAACUUGACGAAAACUUUUUGGUAGAUUUUGGAAAAGGGCCUGACGGUCCCCUAUUAGCCCACGAAAUGAGAUACCCUGGAGGUGAUUGCACAUCUGAUAUUUGGCUUGCUCAAGAUUAAUACUAUAAGCAGGGGAUCUUUGUUUUUUAUAUUUUGUGUAUAACAUAACAGUACAUUAUAUAAAUAUGCUUACAAUUUCAAAUGUUUCUUAUUAAUCUAAUUAUUUUAUAUCAUAACAUUUUUUGUUAAUAAAAGUAAUAGGUCGAAAGAU